UUUCGCGAUACAAGCCACGUACCCACUCGGGUACGGUAGAUCCUUGGCCGAAAACCAGCAUCAAGAUAAAGUCAGUGGGAGCUGCACCGCAGGAUGCGCGGGAACGGGUGGUGCUGUUAGUGGUGGAUAACAAUUCGUUGGAAGAACCAGCGAGCGGCGAGAAGGGGGGCCACGGAAACGGCCCCCGAAAGGGCCCGCUGGAUGGUCUAGCCUGCGAGCAACCAUCGAGGAGACCUAAUCAGCAAGAAGGUAAGAAUAUCCAAACGACCGAGACGCAGGACUCCGAUACCGACUACGGUUCAGAUCUGGCCGCGGUGGACACCGGGCUGGGAUCGAUCGACGAAGGUGUAGACCUCAAUGAAAGGAUCGGAAGCGAGAAAACAAAGCGGCCGCAAAGCCCCAUAGUGUCGACGAUCGACAACGCCGUCCCGAUCUUGAUACACUGCAAACGUCAUCCGGAGGAACUCAACGGCGCAGCCUUGGAGCUACAAUCGACCGGUAAUAAUUCCGACGCGCGUUCGAAGCGUUCGGAAAAGACGUUGGACGACGGCAACGACGACGGCAACGACGACGAGCAACCGGCGAGGAGAAUCUGCGCUGCUCAUCGGCACAGAGUGUCCUGUCACAUAAUACGAACCCACGCGGAGCCACCCUGCCGAAGAGACCGAAGCCGACCUUGUCGUGUUCAUGAUCGCCGACGGAACUGCCCGAGAGGAAAAUCGACGGAGAGACCAGAACACCGGAAUCUGAGAUACCACGAUCCGGAGAACGCCAUCAUUCGAUUAGAACAGGAUCCGAUACUUCGUCCAGUGCGCAUCCUCGGUUGUCCUCCAACGGAGGAUCAGGAGAUAUCUUCCUUUCUGGAGCCAGCUGGGCCUAGUUGCGUCUACCCGGGCAUCAACGUGAGUCAGUUCGCCGGCGGUGAGCCGUCCUGUUUCGCUCAGCACAAUCCGGACAAUAUUCUGCCCAAGAGCCACGUCGGCAACAUCGCCAGAUUCCUCGACGGGCCGAAUCGCGCCGUGAAGGACAUCAAUCGCAAGAUCCUGGCGAUGGCACGUGCCAUGACGCCCGCCUGGUCGCUACGUCUGCUCGGCGUCAGCUGCGGCUCCGUAGUUUGCGCCUGGGGACUUUUGCUAAUAUUAUCCGUGCUCGGUGGCGGCGCCUCGCAUGGCACCGGGAUCGGUAGUUUCGGCCUCGGUAGUAUGACGGGUACGAUGGACGAUUUGAAUCCAAUCAGGUGUCCUUGGGCAUGCACGUGCGGCGGACAAGAGGUCGACUGCUCUUAUCGCGGCCUGACGCAAAUACCUGGUGACCUGGCGAGCUUGCUCAUCGCGGAAAAACUAGACCUUCAAGGAAAUAAUAUAUCGGUGAUAUUCAAAACAGACUUUGAAGAUAUGGCAACGCUCCACGUUUUGUUGCUAUCUAGCAAUCAAAUUCACACCAUCGAAAGAGGGGCUUUUCAAGAUUUGGUGGCAGUGGAAAAACUACGUCUAAAUAACAAUCAAAUACGCCAUUUGCCCGAUCUUCUCUUUAGCAAUAUGAUGAACUUAAAACGCCUAGACCUCAGUCACAAUCAGAUUGCCACUAUAGGACCAAAGACACUCAGAGGAGUGUCCGCUCUUAGACAUUUAUUACUUGACAACAACGUAUUGACCUGCAUGGAUGAAGCUUCGAUACGAGAAUUAAAAGAUUUAGAAAUAUUAAUGCUAAAUAACAACAAACUCGUAACACUUGGCAAGGAGAUGCUGAACGGCUUGUCGCAUUUGCGAACUUUAAAGCUUGCGGACAACGCUCUCGCUUGCGAUUGCCAUUUAGCAUGGCUAUCGCGUCAUUUGAGAACUUAUCCUCGCCUAGGGCAACACACACGAUGUGCAUCUCCGGCUCAUCUCAAGGAUCGCAAUCUGGCCGAUCUACAGGAGCACGAGUUCAAGUGUUCGGGCCUGGUUGAGCGAACGGGAUCGGAAUGCAGCGCUGAACCUCAGUGCCCGCAUCCUUGUAAAUGCGCUGAUGGGAUCGUCGAUUGCAGGGAGAACUCCUUGACGAAAGUGCCAACCCACCUCCCCGAGGACACCACUGAGUUGCGAUUGGAACAGAAUAGUAUUACGGAAAUUCCACCCAAGGCCUUCUCACCAUAUAGAAAAUUGCGAAGAAUUGACUUGAGCAACAACCAGAUAAAAAAAGUAGCAGCCGACGCUUUUCACGGUUUGAAGUCACUCGAAUCUCUAGUUUUGUACGGCAACAAAAUCACAGAGCUACCAGCUGGUCUUUUCCAAGGCUUGACAAAUUUGCAAUUGUUGUUGCUGAAUGCCAAUGAGAUAUCAUGCAUACGAACAGACCUGUUCAAAGACUUAACCAGUCUCACCUUGUUGUCUCUAUACGACAACAAUAUACGUUCAUUAGCUAAUGGGACUUUUGCCAACCUGCGAAGCAUUAAAACAUUACACUUGGCGAGGAAUCCAUUCAUCUGCGAUUGCAAUCUACGAUGGCUGAGCGCAUAUCUUCACGCGCACCCUAUAGAGACAUCCGGCGCUAAAUGUGAAACGCCAAAAAGAGCGCAGAAACGGAAGAUCGAUUCGAUGCGGGACGACAAGUUCAAAUGUAAGGGUGAUGAGGAGCUGUUAACAAAAAGGGCCGGGGAGUGUAUUCUGCCUGGUGCCUGUCCCGCGCCCUGCACAUGCAACGGUGCAACGGUUGAUUGCUCCAAUAAGAGAUUAACUGCGAUACCGAAAGAUCUGCCGCUUUACACGUCGACUCUACUGCUGAGCAACAAUGAGCUGGACAAGAUCAAAGCGGACGGCCUCUUCGAGAAGCUGCCGGAGUUGCAGCAUCUGGACCUCAGGAAAAAUAAAAUCUCUCGCAUCGAGGCGUCCGCCUUUCAAGGGGCUCACAAUCUCACCGACCUGCUUCUGUCUGAGAAUAGGCUACGAGAAGUACACAAUAAGAUGUUCGCCGGCCUGUCGAGCCUUAAAACGCUGAAUCUCCACGGUAAUUCCAUUACGUGCGUUAUGCCAGGAUCGUUUGAUGGAAUGCCGCAUAUACGCGCUAUCAACAUGCAAAGUAACCCGCUAUCAUGCAACUGCUAUCUCGCGUGGUUUGCCGGAUGGCUAAGGAAACGAGAUAUAGCUGGAAUCACUGGCCGUUGUCAUGAUCCGCCACGAUUAAAGGACGCCAUCAUUAAAGACAUUCCCCAUCAUGAGUUUAAAUGCAACAACGACAGCGUGGGUUGCCUAGGCGACGAUUACUGCCCGCCUCAAUGUAAUUGCGCGGGCUCGGUGGUGAGAUGUUCGAGGUCUCAGCUUACAGAGAUUCCGCGCGGGAUUCCACCAGAAACCACCGAGCUGUAUUUGGACGUGAACGACAUCAAGACGAUCCAGCCGGAGAGGCUGAACCACCUGAGGAUUCUCACCAGACUGGAUCUGAGCAACAACCAGAUCGGAAUGCUGUCCAACGAUACCUUUAGGAAUCUCACGAACCUGUCGCACCUAAUCAUCAGUUACAAUAAACUGCAAUGCGUGCAGCGAAAUGCCCUCGCGGGAUUGAAAAACCUGCGAAUAAUUUCACUGCACGGCAACGAUAUAUCAGUCAUCCCAGAGGGAGCUUUUGAAGACCUCAAGUCUAUAACGCAUCUCGCCCUAGGGUCCAACCCGCUUUACUGCGACUGUAGUAUGCGAUGGUUGGCCGAAUGGGUGAAGAAAGAUUACGUGGAGCCUGGCAUAGCCAGGUGCAUGGAGCCUCCUGCAAUGAGAGACAAAUUGCUCUUGACGACACCGGCUAGUGCCUUUCAAUGCAAAACCAAGCAACAGCCAGCCGAAGUCUUGGCCAAGUGCGACCUGUGUUACACCUCGCCAUGCGAAAACGGAGGAUUUUGUGAGGCGCUUCCGGACCGGCAAUUCCGUUGCGAGUGCGCGCCAGGAUAUCACGGGGACCGGUGUCAGCAUAAAAUUGACGCGUGCUAUGGAAAUCCUUGCAGGAACUCCGGAACUUGCAAAGUACUGGAGGAAGGAAGAUUCAGUUGCGACUGCGCCCCCGGGUACAAGGGACUUCGAUGCGAGAGCAACGUCGACGACUGUGCCAACAACAGGUGCGCUAAUAACGCGACCUGCGUCGACCUCAUACAGGCCUAUCGAUGCGACUGCGCCCCAGGAUUCAUGGGAGAAUACUGCGAGGAGAAGAUACCCUUUUGCACAAAGGGGCACGACCCUUGUGAGAACGGAGGCCGAUGCGUCGACCACAAGACCCACUACAGCUGCGAAUGCCCAGUCGGCUUCGCCGGCCUCAAUUGUUCCACAAACCUGGAUGACUGUGUCGAUCAUAUGUGCCAGAACGGUGCUACUUGCAUUGACGGCAUAAAUAAUUAUGAAUGUAAGUGCGCGGCGGAGUAUACAGGGAGAUACUGCGAGGCUGCACCCUCGACAGCCAUGCUGUAUCCACAGACCAGUCCGUGUGCCCACCACGACUGUCAGCACGGUGCCUGCUUCCAGCCAGCUCCUGCCUCCGCCGCGGACUAUCUUUGCCAGUGCCACCCCGGCUACACCGGAAAACGAUGCGAGUACCUGACGAGUCUGAGCUUCGUGGACAAUAGCUCGCUGGUCGAGCUGGAACCGCUACGCACGAGGCCCGAGGCGAACGUGACCAUCAUAUUCACGACCACGCAGGAAAACGGGGUUCUUCUCUAUGACGGGCAAAGCGACGGGCACAUCGCCGUCGAGCUCUUUAAUGGGCGGGUCAGGGUUUCAUACGACGUGGGUAAUUAUCCUACCUCGACGAUGUACAGUUACGAGAUGGUGGCCGAUGGCAAGCCUCACAUGGCGGAGCUGCUGGCUAUCAAGAAAAAUUUCACAAUGAGCGUCGACAGGGGCCCCGCCAGGAGCAUCAUCAACGACGGUCCAAAGGAGUAUCUCAAGCUUGUCACGCCGAUGUUCAUCGGUGGCGUAGCGCCGGAAGUUGCUAAAGUCGCAUUUACCGAGUUUCACCUAAGGAACACUACGAGCUUCCAAGGAUGCAUCUCCGAGAUGUGGAUCAAUCAUAAGUUGGUAGACUUCAGCAACGCCGCAAAGAUGCAUCGCGUUACUCCCGGAUGUGCUGCUAGCGAAGAGGAGGCCGACGAGGCGAGAGAUAUUGUUGUAGCUGAGGGAAUUAACAAUAGCGGUAGUAAUGAGGAAUCCAUGCCGCAAGAACAUAUACCUCGCGAACAUUCUGAUAUCUUCAUGUCGGUAACUGGGUUGAUGUCUUCGCAUGUGUCGAACGCAUGUGUCGGACACGAGUGCAGAAAAGGAUCGCAAUGCGUACCAUCACCGUUCGGCACCAGUUAUUCUUGCCGAUGUCAAACUGGUUGGCAAGGACGAUACUGUGAGAAAGCACCGACCUGUCGUAAGGAGCAUACAAGGGAGUACUAUAGUGAGAAUGGUUGUCGAAGUCGGCGACCGGUGAAGCUUGCUAAAUGUUGGGGAAGUUGCGGCAAUUCCUGCUGUUUACCGCGGAAGACUAAGCGGCGCAAGGUGCGAUUAAUUUGCACGGAUGGCAUGCGGUACACCAAGGACGUUGACCUGGUGCGUAAGUGCACGUGCACCCGCAAAUGUUACUAGCCAGUCGACGCAUCGCGGCCCGAGUCUCGUCGACGCGCGUCGAGACGUGAAACGAGACCGAGAAGAAACCCCCGGAUCCGUAGCACUGCCACCGCCCGUGCUUCCAUGCGAAGAUGACGAAGGGAGCGGCAGCGGGAUGACGAGGACCGAGGAGCUACCACGCGUCCACGACAUCCCUACGCGUCGUCCCUUCGCGAAACGCAAGGGAGCGCGUGACGAAGUGCAGGCCAAAACGAGAUGGACACACACAUAGCCGGCUCAGUGUGAUAUGUAUUAUUAAAGAGAAAAAAAAGAGAAAGGGUGAAAGGAGAAAGUGAAAGAAAGAGAAAGAAAGAAGAAGCAAGAUUAUAUUGUACGUAUAUAUAGCUACGGACUCUAUCGAUAUCGAAGCAGUUAAACGUAUACUAGGUAUUAUUCGUAUAUAAUGAUCCGAUAUAGUUAAUAUAAAAUGAACGAAAGGGUGAGACGCGAGCGCGCGCGCGCGGACAACGUGUCCGCAACAUUUGCGAUCGCGGACCGCGCACGCGGGCGCUUGCGUGUUCGUAACAUCGUACGCACGAGUGCGUGCGAUUACGUCGUUGAUUUAGCGCGGAAUGGACCUAACUGGUAAUGGGGGAUUCGCGGCGGCGUGUAAACAGGCUUCCGUAAUCUUCUUAUAGGAUCUAUACGCACCGCAUUUUGUUUAAUACAUUUCUCCCCCUCGAUGGUGAUUAUAAUCUCCCUUGAAAGUCUGAUGUAAUAUACCAAUGUAAUCGGUCCGCUUCUUUUAAAAGUCAUCGCUUAAAAAAUAUAUUAUUUAUCCUUCAUCACGGUAUAUGAGGAUAUUUGAAAAUAUCUGAAAGAAAGAGUAAUAUAUUUGUGAUACGUUUAUUUAAAUUAUUCGUGAAAAACAAGAUAUCAAUUUUAUUAAUAUCAUAUAUGAAAGUAUCAUAUUUAAUGAAAAUUAUUGACAAUCGUAAUUUCUCGAACAAGUUUUAUAAGUGUUUAUAUCGCGAAGCCUAGAUCCCACGUUAGGUCUACCUUCCUCCCAGCGAAUUUUUACACUAAACGCGAAUCUUCGACCGCAUAGCUAUUUCUAUCCACGGAGCAAAUGGUCUUUGAAUUUUUGCAAAAAAAAAAGAUCUAUAAAUACGUGAAAAAUAGCGAAAUAAAAACAGAGAGAAAGAGAGAGAAAAAUGUUUGUGCGAAUGACGCGAAUGAUUGCCAAUAUUGCUAUUACUGCAGAUUGUUUGAUCUGGCGAUCGACAUUUCGCUUGUACCAUACACAUGCGAGUAACAUCGUUAUAAUAGCCAAUAAAUCUAAAUGAGUCGGCGACGUGUAAUAAUAACACGAAUAGCGACGUGUUUCUUGUCUUUUUCAUGAGUUUAGUUACAGUGCUGCUAAUUUAGCGUUCCAGCUAUCACUUUAACUGCACGAUCUUUAGCUAGCAUAUUAGACCGUUUGUAAAUGGUACGAUAAUCAGAAGACAAGCAGUUAUGCCAUUAAAAAGUCAUGUAGGGUCACAAGUGUGUGAAUAUAAAUCACUGAUAAAUGUCUAAUUAAAUGUAAACUAUAUUUUAAGCGUGGCAGGAACAUUUAAUUGAAAGUCACGCCGUCGACAUCUUCUUACCUCACCUCACCGACAGCAGCAGUGGGAAUGUAGCUUAAUUUUUGAAAAAGCCAAGAGAUCAUGCCGCGACGAAAUCGCCGAGACAGACUGCAUCGCGAAUUUCGAAGGGCGCGCUUCGAAUUUUUCACUUUACGGCCUAAUAUUACGUUUCGAGGUACGAGAUGCAGCCUGUAAGCUGCAUAGAGCAACGGAAGAGUCGCAUGCGAGCGUUACGGAUCGAUAAUAGGAAAACAAAUUAUGGAGAACCUGCGUAUAAACAUUUGGUUAGCCGAUCGCGAGACGAAUGUAACUAUAUAGAUCAGUAAAUUCGAAACGGCAUUCGCCGAUACAAAACCGCGUAAUUAUUUUUGUAUAAGCGGAUUAUUUAUAUCUAAGCUAAUUUGCUAUUAGUUUAAUCAAGGAGCGUAAUUCGUUCGUAAGCCUCUAUUAAUGUAUGUCGUAUCACGUACCUAUGCUAUAUCUAUUUAUAUCUAUCCCAAUCCCCCAGCCUCUCCCAUCCCGGGAAACUGCAUCGCAUCUUCCACUGCCAGUAUUUAUAUGUAUUUAUUCCGUUUCUUUCUUUUAUUUGAUAACAUUUGUGUGUUAAACUAUUUUUUUAAAUGUACACCUAACGAAUAUCUCUCGACGUAUUUCGCUAUCAUUCUUCACGAUAUCGACGCGAUCUUAUCAUCUAGCGUGCGCCUCGCGAGAAAGUACCAAUCGUAGGAUUUAUAUAGACAUAGCUUUGGUCGCUAAACAUUCAACGGUCACACGAUUGUAGUGUAUCUUUUUCGGAUUUCACUGCCGUUAUACUGCCGUUUAUACGACUGUUAUGCUUAACAACUGCCACGUAUUUAUCUGGCCAUAUAUGAGAAAAUGCGAUAAACAAAUUAUCUGUCGACUUAAAGACACACAGGAGACUUUUGACAUAUUUUUUACAUUUUUUUUACUUAAUUUCAUACUGUAUGAAAGAUAUAUUUAUUUUGAUGCAAAGCGAAAGUAGAGACGAAUAAUAAAAGAUUUAUAAGAACCGUAUAAACGUGGACGAUGGUAUUCAUCAUACUGAUAGACAGGACUGAAGAUCAUCCUUUGUCUUUACGUUUUAUUUUUUUAUAUGACAUAAUGAAAAGGUAGGUGUAUCAUGAUCGUAUGAUAUAAUAUAAAAUAUAAUUUGAUAGUGUUAGUAAUCGCAUAAGUUCUCUGUGCCGUUACGUUUACGAAUCAUUCGGUUGUCAGUAUUCAGUUAAUUCACGCAGUUAAUUUCUAUGGAACAUUUGAAACUGGCGCAUGUCGAACAGAUUUUUGUAACACGAUUCUGUACAUUUGGUCCAACGAAAUAUAAAUAAACAUACGCAAGCAAGCAUACGUGACUCGUCGUAUCAAUAAUCCAUCGCAACAUAUGAUUUAAUCGCUUAUGCAUUUAGCAUUAAAGUGAAGAGUUAUAAAAGUACAAUUAAUAAAUAUUAUUACGGGCUCUAAAAAAUACGAAUACAUUUUGGACGAAA